AUGUUUGCCUUCCAUCGGAAUCACAGCAACUACACUGCACGGGAGAUCUGCCAACUGUGCUUUAUCUCCAAGUUCACAGUGUAUCUCCGUCAUGUGCAUGGGUCGGAAAAUGCUGCCAUUGAUGCACUCGUCCACAUCGAUGCCCUGGCAGCCAACCACCUGUACACAUCAUCAAAGCCUUCUAUUUCUCCGUCAACUGCCAAAGGUGACAACUCAAAGCAAGGAUGCCUCCACCGAUGUCACCUAUGUGACUAUGAGGCUGACGAACUGUUUCAUCUGGAAGCACAUUACGGCGUCCAUACUGGCGAGAAGAUAUUUCAGUGCCCUUCAUGCCAUAAGAACUUGUCAAACGGAUACAACUUAAACGUUCACCUGCGCACCCACACAGGCGAGAAGCCAUUUGAGUGCCCUUCAUGCUUUCGGAGGUUUGCACAGCAGGCCUACCUGAAAUCCCACCUGCGCAUCCACACAGGCGAGAAGCCAUAUCAAUGCCCUUCAUGCUCUCGAAGCUUCUCACACAAGGGUCACCUGAAAGCCCACCUGCUCACCCACACAGCAUCGAGGCCUUCCAUUUCUGUGUCAACUGCCAAGUGUGACAACUCAAAGCAAGAAUGCCUCUACAGAUGUCACCUAUGUGACUAUGAAGCUGAUGAACUGUUUCAUUUGGAAGCACAUGCCAGCGUCCAUACUGGCGAGAAGCCAUUUCAGUGCCCUUCAUGCCAUAGGAGCUUGUCAAACAGAUACAACUUAAAUGUUCACUUGCGCACCCACACAGGCGAGAAGCCAUAUCAAUGCCAUUCAUGCUCUCGGAGCUUCUCACAGAAGAGUCACCUGAAAGCCCACCGGCAUACCCACACAGGUGAGAAGCCAUUUGAGUGCCCGUCAUGCUCUCAGAGCUUCUCACAACAGGCCUACCUAAAAGCCCACCUGCGCACACACACAGGCAAGAAGCCAUAUCAGUGCCCUUCAUGCUCUCGUAGCUUCUCACACAAAGGUCACUUGAGCGCCCACCUGCUCACUCACACAGCUGAGAAACCAUAUCAGUGCCCUUCAUGCUCUCGGGGCUUUCCAAACAGAUAUGAUUUAAACGUUCACCAGCGUACCCACACAGGCGAGAAGCCAUUUGAGUGCCCUUUAUGCCCCCAGACCUUCUCACGAAAGUGCCACCUCAAAGACCACCUGCGCACCCACACAGGCGAGAAGCCAUUUGAGUGCCCUUCAUGCUCUCAGAGCUUCUCACAACAGGCCUACCUAAAAGCCCACCUGCGCACCCACACAGGCGAGAAGCCAUAUCAGUGCCCCUCAUGCUCUCAGAGCUUCUCACAAAAGAGCAGCCUCAGGAAACACAUGAGGCGAGAAGCCAUUUCAGCGAACCUACAGAGCUGAGCAACUUCCGCACAGGCCCGUCAUUCCGUGGCCGCAAGGUCUUUUUGUGCCCACAAUUUCACCGGUGUAAAGAUUUCACAGGGAUGACCUAUGUCGCUUGGGCUGCCCUGUACAACAAUAAUGUCCUCGACACGCGCUGUCUUACGCGCGUGUCGAGCGCAUUCAUACACCAGCUCAUUCAUACAGGUGACCGGCCAUAUAACUGUACCUUCUGCUCAAAGUCCCUUACACAGCCUCAUCACUUCAGUAGACAUAAGAGAUCGCAGCAAUAUUAUACUUUCGGGUAGGUCAACAACCAUGUUAAACAAGAGUCUGAAAUAUAAAUCUACAAACGUUUA